ACUGCAGCUCGUGGUUUUGGUCCUUUGGUGGCCAAAUGUGACCGUCGUACGUGGGCUUUACGUUGGCAAAGUCGGCCAGCUAGAGGACGAAAAGUUGAACGAGGCGCGCUUGGCACGUAUCAGCAAACUUUGCAUACGCCCACACGCUCAUGUGGCAAUCUUGGGCUCACCGAGUAGCAGCCUUUCAAGUUGUGUGGGCAGAUCAUGGGCAUGUUGACGUAAGAGCGACCAGGUGCUCUAAAGAGAUGGAAGCAGGUCUUGUCUCAGCACAAGCCGUCGAGAACCAAAGUCUCUGCGACGCACUCGUUCAGCAUGGCGCCGCCACGGUCCCAGAAUCCACACAUGUGCAUUUCCGGAUCGCCUUCGGCGAGAUCGUCAGCCGUUGGCUGAACAGAAAAGGCGGUGCAAGUCCCUGGCAACGUGGUGUAGAGCAAGCGUCAGAGGCAGCAUUCCAGUAUUCUGGCGACCUGGCGACCAGCACGGUCAAAACUCACCGUAAGGGUAACCUUCACGCUUGAUGUUCGAGUCAUCGACAAGGAAAUACGCGAA